AUGAAGAUGAUCCUUUGGAAUUGUCGGGGGGCCGGGAAACUUUCUUUCGCCCCGGCUUUUCGGAGAUUGGUGCAGGUGCACGACCCAGACAUUUGUGUUUUAUUUGAGACCCGGUUGGCCGGAAGGAGUAUUGUUAAAGCCAGGAGGGCACUGCCUCGGUCCUGGGGUUUCUAUGCUGUGGAUUCUCAGGGGUUGUCGGGAGGUAUCAUAGUAACUUGGAAACUGGAUUGUGGGAAGCUGGACAUCUUUAAUGUUAGUAGCCAAGAAGUGAUCAUGGUGAUAUCUGAGGGAGAGGGGAGACCUUGGAUAUUUGCAGCCGUGUAUGCUAGUACCGACUUCAGGGCUCGGAGGACACUGUGGGAGGAGGCUUCCAAGUUGGUUGAUCAGGGGCAGCCGAUGUUGAUUGCAGGAGAUUUUAAUUGUAUAGAUGAUCCACAGGAGAAGAUGGGAGGGAGGCAAUUUUCCUAUCAGAGGAAGGUGAGGGAAUUUCAGGAGUUUAUCUCGACAAAUGGACUGAUAGAUCUGGGCUCCACAGGGCCUAGAUUCACAUGGUGCAACAAUCAGCAGGGUCCGGCUAGAGUUUGGGAGAGACUUGACAGGGCCUUCGCCACAGCUGGAUGGAUCCAGGAGUUUCCAGACAAUCAUGUCAAACAUCUACCGAGGAUAGCUUCAGAUCACAGUCCGAUACUGGUUUGA